UAAUAAUUGUAAUUAUUUAAUCAUGAUUACAAUUUAUGAUUAAACAUUAAUCAUUUCGAUUGGAAAUAAAAACUUAACAAUAACAAAAAAAUUCAUUCUCAAAGGUUGACAGACUCUGAUUAUCAAUCUAUCCGAUGGUUAUUAUUAUUAUCAUGAUUAUCUGGAUUAUUAUUACUACAACUAUAUAUUGUCAACCUCCCACCCACCUUCACCCACUCCCCACCUUAUAUUAUAUUCCCAGAGUUGAACUUAGAUGAAGUUCUGAACUGAUUCUGCUCAUGAAUCCAAUUGAAUUUGGUGAGUUAAAGGUAAUAUCGAGUAAGAAAAACAAAAAAACUUUCACUUUAAGAGAAACAUUUGAAUUGGAAACUUUAAUUAUCCAGCUAAUUGUUACUCAUUUAAAUCUACUAAUUGUUGACGAUCAUCAUCAUCAUCACCAUAACCUUUACCAUGAGGUUAAUUGUUUUGCUCUUGAUUGUGAUCACAAUCAAUUGAUAGACUAAUUAUUUUGUCUCUCUGUUUUAAUAUUAAGUUUUAAUUGUUGUUGUGGAUUCAUUUUUAUCUGGAUUUAUCUUUCAAGUGAUUAGUUAAUUGUUGUUGAUGUUUUAUCUCAGUUUGUGUGUACAUUUUGACUAAUUGUUAUGAGUGAAUUUAUGUAUCAUUGGAUUUCAAAUGUUGUUAUUGACUUUGUUUAAUCAUCAAAUUAACUCUGGUUGUUUAACUAAUUGUAAACCACAAUCGGAAUCAACUGAUUCACUGAUUUAUUUAAUUGUUAUCAUUAUGUCACUUGCUUUAUUAAGCAGUUAUCUUCAACUUUUAUCAACCUCUCAAGAUUUAGCUGCAGUUUCUGAUGACGGUGAACCCAAGUUCUUGGCACCGAUACCAAAUUUAACCGUUGCCGUUGGUCGCGAUGCUCAACUGACCUGUUUGGUCAGUUCUCUUGGCCCAUAUAAGGCCGCUUGGUUAAGGGUUGAAGACAAGGGAAUCCUGACAAUACAUCAACAUGUCAUCAGUCGGAAUUAUCGUUUAUCUCUGAUCACAAAUGAGAAUCGUUCAUUUAUCCUGAUGAUCAAAAAUGUCCAAGAAUCUGAUCGAGGUGGUUACAUGUGCCAGAUCAAUACGACGCCCAUGAAAAGUCAGGUCGGUUUUCUUGAGGUUCUUGUCCCUCCUUAUUUUGAUUCCUCGGCGGUAAAUCAGCAAUGGGAUCAAAUUGUACCCGAGGGAACCAAUGUGACCCUUACCUGUUUCACCAAAGGAAAUCCCACUCCCAAUGUUAAAUGGCGGCGGGAAGAUAAUUCCGAGAUAAUUUUACAAGAUAAUUAUAAGAAAUAUUCAGUUCGAGGUGUUCCUGGUGAAAGUUUAACGAUUUCCAGAGUAUCUCGAGGCCACAUGGGUGUUUAUCUGUGUAUCGCCUCGAACGGAGUUCCACCGGCGAUUUCCCGUCGAAUUCAACUUCAUGUUAAUUUUGCACCAACUAUUUGGAUUGGUAAUCGGGUUGUUAAAGGUUCAAUUGGUUCAACGAUCACUUUAAAUUGUCACAUUGAAGGUUUUCCUAUUAACGACAAAUAUUGGACCAAAGGAAUUGACAAUAUAAGAUUAUCAUCUUCAUCUUCAUCUUCAUCUUCAUCAUCUUCCAGCUCAAAAUAUUUAAUCAAAAGUAUCGAUAAAUUGUACAAAUCAACUUUCCAGUUAAUCAUUUACUCAAUUAAUCGAGAUGAUUAUGAUGAUUAUCGUUGUUACGCUCGUAAUCAAUUGGGCUUCCAGGAAGGUUUAAUUACCCUUAAUGAGACCGAUGAAUCUGAUGACGAUGAUGUUGGUGAUUCUGGUGAACAAUUAACUAAUCAACUGAACAAAAUUGAUUCUUCUGAUAUCGAUGAUGAUGAAGACGAUGAGUCAGUUAAUUUAAUUGUCGACGAUUAUGAUGUAAAAAAAUCCAAAUCAAAGACUAAAUCAAUUUCGAGUGGGAAAUUUAAAGAAACGAGAUCAAGGGAUAAGAAAAGAGGAAUCAAAGAUUCAACUAAUAACAAUCAAGUUGAUUACGAUGAUGAUGAUGAUCAAUCUAAUUGUGGUCAUCAAAAGGGCUUGUUAAUUGUUCCUGCAAUUUUAUUAAUCAAAUUGUUAAUCAAUCUUUUCAAUUGUAGAUUCUAAAUCAAUGAUAAUAUUAUUAUUGGUUUUCUGUUGUCAUUUAAAUUCAACUUUGCAACAACAAUUUAAAUCCUAAUCACUGUGAUAUUUUAAUUGUAAACUAAAUUAACUGUAAAUAUUAAUGCAAUUAAAUCAAACUCUCAAUUUAA